UGGUAUUGUUGUUUGUGGAAUACAAUUCACAUGGAUUGGUCCAAUAUUACCACAAUUGUUGUCUGGAAGCUUCAAGAUACAAAUAACCAUGGAAGAAUCCGUUUGGGUUAUUGGAUUCUUACAAUGUGGUUUCCUACCAGGAUCUAUUGUGGCAUCAAUGAUAACAGAUCAUUAUGGAAGGAAAAAAACCAUUUUGAUGACAUCCAUACCGUUCAUUCUUUCCUCUUUAAUUAGUAUCUACGCUGAGUCAGUGAUUCACUAUUAUAUUGCGCGAUUUUUAGGCGGUUUUGGCCUUGGUGCUAAUAGUGUAGUGGUUUCAGUGUAUAUCAGUGAAAUCUCUUCGCCAAAAAUUAGUGGAAUUUUAUCUACAUCGAUUCAUUUGGCCUUGAGUGUUGGAAUAUUGUUUGCUUUUGUUUUGGGUGCAUAUUUAUCAAUUGUUACUUAUUGCUCGGUGUUGAUCAUUUUUCCAAUUAUACAGCUAAUUUUCACAUUUUAUCUGCCAGAAACACCAUAUUUUCAAGUGAUGAAACAAGAUUAUAAUGGAGCAGAAAAAACAUUAAGAUUUCUUCGAAAAAAAUCUAAUGUCCGGGAUGAAUUAAAUCGCUUAAUUGAAGGUUAUGAAGAGGAAACGUCGAAAAAGAAGCAAUUAUUUUGGGAUCUGUUCAGAGAUAGAACUAAUCUUCAGUCAGUAUUUAUAAUUACUGUACUUCGUGCGGCUCAAGUUUUUACGGGUUUUACUGCAAUUAAUGGAUAUUCACAAGUUAUUUUUGAAGAUGGCCAUUCAAUCGAGCGAUUUGGACGACGAAUUAUACUUAUGACUUCUGGAAUCAUCACUCUUAUCCCGUUGACAAUGCUGGGUGUCUACUUUUAUUUACAAGACAAUAUUCAUUUUGUGUAUAUCGAACAUCUACGACUGAUACCGUUAAUUUCAAUUGCACUUUUUAAAUUUUCUUUUGGAAUUGGUUUAAACGCAAUACCAUAUAUACUUGCCGUAGAAUUAUUUCCAACGAGUGUUAAAUCGUAUGCUUCAUCUUUAAAUGCAAUUUGUUUAGCCGUAUUCGGCGUUUUAGCGAAUAAAGUCUAUCAAGUUGUUCUUAAAGAAUUUAAUUAUCCUGGUGCUUUUGCAACUAUCGACAAAAAACGUGUGAAUCAUGGUUCAUGA